UAUAACGCGUCCUUUUUAAUAAUACCAACUUCGGUUUCAAAACCCCAAAAGCCAACACCACCAAUCCAUGCUUCCCACCACAACCCCUCCCCCGCCGCCGGCCGACCACCACCACCACUCCCCUAAGAAAUCCAAGAAACUGGAACUCAAAACCACCAUCCACUCCGUCAAAUCCCACAUCUCUGGCCACCACUGUGCAUGGCUGACCGUCACCGUCCUCCUCCAGCUCCUAAUUAUCCUCUUCCUCAACCGGGCUUCUCCGUCGCCCCCUCUCCCCUCCUCCCACCGCCGUGACUUCGAGUCCGCCGCCUCCGCCUCCGCCCCCCUCUACGACGAUACCUGCAGAUACGGCCGCAUAUAUGUCUACGAUCUUCCCCCCAUGUUCAACAAAGACCUCCUCGACAACUGCCACGACUUAGACCCCUGGAGCUCCCGCUGCAACGCCGUCUCCAACGGCGGAUUCGGGCCUCCGGCCACCGGACUCGAGGGAGUUGUCCCGGCAAACCUCACCCCAGCUUGGUACUGGACCGAUAUGUACGCCGCGGAAGUCAUAUACCACGAGAGAAUGAUGAGCUACAAAUGCCGAACGCUGAAUCAGGAUCAAGCGACGGCGUUUUACAUCCCGUUCUACGUCGGCCUUGCCGUCGGGAAGUAUCUCUGGUUCAAUUACACGUCAAAAGAUCGCGACUUCCACAGCGAGGAGAUGCUGAAAUGGGUCAAGACCCAGCGGCCCUUCAAGAACUCAAACGGGUCGGAUCAUUUCAUCAUGCUGGGUCGCCUCACCUGGGACUUCCGCAGAUUAACCGACAAUGACGACGAGUGGGGGACCAAAUUCAUCUACAUGCCAUUGAUGAAAAAUGUUCUUCGUCUAGCAGUGGAGAGAAGUCAAUGGGACCCGCUAGAAAUCAGCGUACCCUACCCGACAGCAUUCCACCCGAGAUCCGAACCCGACAUCCGCCAAUGGCAGAGCUUCAUCCGGGACAGAAAACGGGCCAGCCCAUUUACUUUCGUAGGGGCGACCCGGAAGAAGAUCCAGAACGACUUCCGAGGAGUACUAAUGAGCUACUGCAAAAACGAAUCGAGCUCGUGUCGAGUAGUCGAUUGCUCCAUAACACAUUGCUAUGAUGGAGCUCCAGCGAUACUCGAGGCCUUUCUGGAUUCGGACUUUUGCUUACAACCCAAAGGAGAUGGGUUCACUCGAAGAUCCGCAUUCGACUGCAUGCUGGCGGGCUCCAUACCCGUCUACUUUUGGAGGGGCAGCACCGAGUAUCAAUACGAAUGGCACUUGCCUAAAUCGGCACAAACAUAUUCCAUUUUCAUCGACCACAACGUUGUCAGAAACGAUACAUCCAUCAUUAAACAAGUCCUAGAAAAGUAUACCAAAGACGAGAUCAGAAAAAUGAGGGAGACCAUCAUCGAGUUCUUGCCUAGGUUAUUGUAUUCUAGGCCGAAUACGUAUUUGGGGCGUAUAAACGACGCAUUCGAUGUAGCCAUGGAAGGAGUCUUGAGAAAGUUUAAGCAACAAAAGAUGGCAAAUAGAGGGGAAUGAUCACUAUAUUGCUACAAGGUUAGACACACAUUCACUAGAUUAUUUUUUUUUUUAAAAAAAAAUAAUAAUUUUCAUGUUUCUUGAUUUUUUGUUGUAUAGUUUUUUCGAAUUAUUCGAGGAGUAAUAGAAAAAGGGUUUUUGCUAAAUUUAUCCGAAAUAUUUUAUAAAUUAAAAUUCUUACAUUUUAGUAAGAUAUUUUUUGGUUCAUUUGUUUUUUUUCCAUGACACAUAUAUAUGUUUGGAGGAAUUUAAUGUAACAUGUGGUAAAGACAUGAAGAAUAUGAAUAAGAACAAUUGUGUUUGUCUU